CUUCCCUAUUGGAAGGCUGCGCUUGACGUACUGGUUGUUACGUCACAGCAUAUGGACUACUUGGUGAAGUACCAUGUUUCCAACCCCUCCCAUCCCGUUUACUUCGUCGUUUCUCAUCCCUUGUUUCUCUCUUUCCGUCAUCCCAACAUCUAUUGUUCUUUGUUCCCGGGUCCUAUUGUCACAAAAAGUGCCCAGCCUCCCGUUAAGCGUAUUAUACCCCCCCUUAAGAUGUGUGGUGUACCCGUUCCAAUCCCCUGGAUCUGUAUUCAAUGCGGGACAGACCAGAAUCCAUGUCACUGCAAGAUUGUGGGACCUACGUUUGGUUUUGUGUUGACCGUCGUCCUGGCUGUAUGUUGAAAAUGAGCUUCGGUUGCUGAAUUGAAGCUGAUUUGGAUAUGGUAGGUUGUCUGUUAUCCAGCCUCCCUCUUUUGCGGAUGCUGUGCGACGGAGAGAGGAAAGAAAAUGCUUGGUGCGCCAGUGGAAUUAGGUGCGCGAGCUAAUAAUGCAAUACCAUUUUGACCUUCGCUGGACGAGAGGGAGUGGAAGAGGAGGAGCAGAUAUUAUACAUGGAAUA